AUGGGCAUGCAGCUCGAGGACCACAGCAGCCAAGAGAAGCACGGGGACGUGUGCCGGGGUACUGAGGGAGCCUUCCGGUGCCCGCCGCUGUGCCGGCAGAGUGCUGCCAAGCCCUUCUGCCUGGACGCCAAGUCCGGGAACAGCUGCCGGGCCAAAGCCGCCCUGGCGAGAUGGAUGAAAGAUGCUGUGCCCAAUGAGCACACCCCCGGGGUGAUGCACACCUUCUUCGAACCGGCAUGGGAGACGAAGGAGAAGGAGGCCAGUGCGCAGACCUUGCAGGCCUGGGAGCAGUUCUGGCGCGCCGCGGGCUGGCGUACCCGGGUGCUGGGCCUGGCGGAGGUGAAGAAAUCGCCCUUCUACGCGCGGGUGGAGGACUACAUCCGCCACAUCCCCAGACCCAACUACGACGCGGAAUACGAGCGCUUCUGCUACCUGCGCUACGUGGCCAUGAUAGAAGUUGGGGGCGGCUGGAUGUCGGACAUAGACACGCUGCCCAUGUUCCUUUCGCCCGAGCUGGGCCUGCCGAACCGCGGCCGGUUCACGGUCUACAACGGCUUCGUGCCGUCGCUGGUCUCUGGCUCCAAGGAUGAGUGGGUGCGGAUCCUGUGGACCAUCCUCAACGUAGGAGCAAUGAUGAACACCUCAGGGGUCGACCGAGUGUCAGACAUGCUGGCGCUCAAGGAGCUGCGGCUGCAGCUGCCCUGGGCCUUCGACAGCCACAACUUUGUCCACGUCGCGGACGCGGCGAACUGGACGGACGUGACUUGCGCGCAGCUACGGAAGCUGGGCUUUGCGAUGCACUUCUCCCAUCAGGUCUUCAUCAACUGGGGCAUUCCCAUCGCCGAGCGGGCGCCCGUCAUGACUCGCAUCAUGAAGCGCUGGCAAGCCUGCCAAGAGCCGCUCUAUGCGCAGGCCAUUCGCAGGGUGCAGAGUGGGCUCACGGCCACGCGCAAGGCGCUGGUCCUGCGGGUCUGCAGCGGCACCCUGGGCGCCGGCCGGCCGCGGCUCGGGGGGCAGCAGCCGGCCAUUGUCAUCACGCCCAACGACACCGACUGCGCGCUCACAACGAAGUUCGGCCGCGGCCGAACCGAGGGAAGCGGGACGCUGCAGCCGCACGUGCUGAUGACGGAGCCGAUCGCUUCGAGGUCACACUUCAGCGUGAUCUACAACGAGGAGAAGGAGAAGUUCCAGGUGAUGGACACCGGCUCGAAGUGGGGCACCUUCAAGAAGGUGACCAAGAGUGGGCAGCCAGUGAGCUGCGGUGACUGGAUCCGCGUGGGCAACGCCGAGCUGAUUGUGCGCUUUUGCGGGGGAGGCUGCAACAGCCACAGGCGGCACGCCCAUCAUCGGCUUCACGCCUUGGGCGUGGCGGCGGUGUGUGGCGGAGGCUUCCGGAACCGAGUGAACUUCGAGGCACCGUUGCGUGCGCCGAGCUUUAGAGUCGAGGAGCAAGUUGACAGUGAUGAUGACACGCACCAAGUGUCAGACAAGGUGGUGGACAUCCUUGCCAAGACCCGGCUCAACGGCGCGGUGCAGAAGAACUGGUCAAGCUCCUUCGAGAGGCUGUGUCGGGAAGUGAACCCAAGCGGAGAGGGCGCCUUGAGGCCAGGCGGCUUUCAGGCCCGUCCCAGCGGCGUCAGCCUGGAAGCCACGCCGUUGGAGAUCGACUUUAUCUCUGGCCCCCGCAUUGGUGAGCGCAUGAUGCUCACAAACAGGCUGUGCACCAUCGGCCGGGGGGAGAACUGCACGGUGCAGCUGAGCGACGCGUCCCUGGCCAACGUCUCGCGCGUGCAUUGCUCCUUCCGUUCUUGUGGCGGCCGCUGGUGGCUCUGCGACGAGGGAUCGACCAACGGCACCUGGCGCCGCCUGAGCUGUGCCCUGGAGCCCUCCGAGCCCUGCGACAUCAACUCCGGCGAGACCUUGCUCGCAGGAGUCCAGGAGCUGCAAGUGGAGGAGGCGGAGUUGAAGCGAUGGUGGAUCCCGUCCCCGGGCACCUCCGUUUUGUCCGAGCUGUGCAAGAGCGACCGGUAG